UAGUAUCUGUAGUCACUGGUAUUAGAGUGAUGGGUGUUGUCUUUUUUAUUGACGCUCCCAUACAAAAGUGUUAAAAAUGUUAUUCGAAUACAUAAAUAUAUUUUUAAUAUUCUUCAACUUAUUAUCUCUUCACAUAUACGGACAAAACCUCAAUCACACUGUUACAUGGUGUACAAUAUCAGAACCUGAACAAGACAAGUGUAAUGCAUUUGCAAAAGCUGUUGAUCGUGAAAUAGAAUUUUUUGAUUAUAGUUAUAUUUCAUUACAAUGCAAACAAGCAUCAAAUAAAGAAGAAUGCAUGACUAUGUUGGAUAGAGAGGAAGCACAGAUAACUACAUUAGAUGCAGGGGAAAUUUUUAUAGGUGGUCGCUAUCAUAGCUUAAUACCAAUUAUGCAAGAAAUAUAUGAAAGUGGUGUAAAUUAUCAGUACACAGUGGCAGUUAUUAAGAAAGGUUCUUUGCCAGAUGUACAGAGUUUACAUGAUUUAAGAGGCAAAAAAGCUUGCUUUCCUGGUCUUGGAAUGUUGGCUGGCUGGAUUAUUCCCAUUUAUACUUUGAUGAAACAAGGUGGACUAGAAAUUAUUGACUGCAAUAAUCAUGUGAAAUCUGCUAUUAAAUACUUUGGGCCCAGUUGUGCAGUUAAUUCAUUGAUUGAUAAAUAUAAUCCAUUAGGUGACAAUUCUGAUCAAUUGUGUAAGCUGUGUAUUGGAAAAAUACCUGGAGGUAAAUGUACCACUUCAGACCCUUAUGCAGGAUACGAAGGAGCAUUCAGAUGCCUGGUAGAGGCAGGAGAAAUUGCCUUUUUAGUACACACAACAGUGACUGAAAUGACAUCAACAACUUUUGACUUCAAUUCUGUGAAGAAAGAACAGUUUGAGUUGCUUUGCCGAGACGGUACACGCAAAUCUAUCGACGACUAUAAACUUUGCAAUUGGGGUACUGUUCCUUCCCGUGCUAUAGUUACGUCAUCUGCUACAAAGCUCGAAAUCCGGCGAUCGUAUCAAAGAUUUUUAGAAAGAGCAGUCCGAGUAUUAAAUAAACAUAGCGCCAAAAAUUCGACCGACUUUUACAACAAUCGCUUUGAAAAUCGACCAGGUUUUAAUAACAGAUUUGAUGAAAAUAAUUUUACCAGGAAUGCGUACGCUAAUUCAAACGAAUAUAACUCAGGAGAUUUUGAAAAUCGCAAUGGAUACGAAAGAAAUUUCAAUGGGAAUGAAUUAAAUCCAUUGGAUAAAGAUGAAUCAACGAACAUACAACCAAUAGAAAUAUUUGAUUUAUUUGAAUCCGCUCCGAGAUACGGAAUACAUCACAACCUAAUGUUCUCUGAUUCUGCACGAGAUUUUGUUCAAUUAUCGGAAAAACUUCAAACAUAUGGUGGUUAUUUAGAUAGAUCUCUAGAUCCAAUCUUAGAAGUGCGUCGUUGCACCGUCAAUAGAAUGACUUUGUGUGUUACGUCUGAUCCAGAAAUGGAAAAAUGUAUAAAAAUGAAGAUAGCGUUAAAAGCGCAACUAUUAAAACCGGAAUUAAAUUGCCAUAAAGGUCACAGUCAAAUUCAUUGUAUGCAAGCUAUACAAAAUGGAAUUGCCGAUGUAACAGUGUUAGAUACCAGUGACGUAUAUACUGCCGGCUUGCGUUUUGAUUUAAUUCCAUUCAUAUCUGAAGUUUACAAUUUGCCUACGCCAGAAUAUUACGUAGUUGCAGUGGCAAAAGAAGAAGACGAUAAUACAGACUUGACUUAUUUGAAAAAUAAGUACACUUGUCAUACGGGAAUUAAUACGGCCGCGGGUUGGGUCUAUCCAUUAGCAUAUCUAAUUUCCAAUACUUGGAUCAGGGGCUAUGGUUGCGACUCUGUUCGCGCAGCUGCAGAGUAUUUUAGUAAAUCUUGUGUUCCGGGUGCGCUUAGUACCGAAUACAAUACAGGAGUGCCUUACGAUAACAUGUGCGAUUUGUGUCACGGUGCAAGUUUUCGCUAUUGUCGUAGAGACGCGUCCGAAGAUUAUUUUGGAUAUACAGGUGCUUUCAGAUGUUUAGUCGAAGGCGGUGGAGACGUGGCUUUCGUAAAGCAUACGACGGUAGCUGAAAAUACGGAUGGAAAGCGAAGAGAAACGUGGGCGCGUAAUACCUUCACGAAAGAUUUUGAAUUGCUUUGCCCGGAUGGUACUCGUCGACCGACUACUGAUUACGCGCAUUGUAAUUUGGGAAAGGUCGCCGCCAAUGCGAUAGUUACGCGCGGUGGAUACUACGGAUACAACGAGACGCAAAUAAAUGCAUACAUAAAUUUAUUCAUUUAUGCCCAACAGUUUUACGGUAGAAAGGAGCAGGACGAAUUUAGUUUUAGUAUGUUUUACAGUCCGCCACCUUACAGUGAUUUGAUUUUCCAAGAUGCUACGCAACAAUUGGAGGUGAUACCACCUGAAAAAAGAGAGUAUAGCUCUUAUUUAGGUCCAGAUUUUAUGAGAGCUAGAAGAAUCGUAGAUUGUAACGCUGGAGCAUCAGCUAUAGAACAGUCAAUAUUAGCCACGAUAGUUAUGAUUGUACUUACUUACAUGUUUAGCAGAUAAAAUUUAAUAGAUCUUUUUUGCAACCAAUGAAUCUUUGCUAAACAUACGUGUACAUUGAACAAAAGAGUAGAAUAUUAAACGCUUAUCGCAUCCUGAUCACUAAAAAGUACAUUUAGAUACUACAACAACCAUGUAAGUUAGAGAUUCAUAAUUUCUGUGUGUAAUGUGUUCAGACAUUAAUUAUUAGUAUAUAUAUGUUGAAUAAGCAUCACUAAGGUAUCCAUAGUUAAUAUUAACUUGGAAAUUUGAGAUUUAAGCUUAAUCCGUCCAGUUUGAAGACUUUACAUAAAGAUAAGUUUUAUCACAUACGAUUGUAUGUAUACCGUACACCGUCCAUUAAUAUUUUUAUAUGUACAAAAUAAAGUUUUAUAAUAACUUUUUAA